GAGUAUUUUUCACCGAAAAUUAGAAGUUUACAACCAGCAGACUGUACCAUACAAGCUUCCGAAUCAGGAGGCGUCACCGCCGACCACCGUCUAGCGGUAUAGUUUGGCAUAUUAAACACUACACUUGGCCGAAGUCCGCCCUGGAUCUGGCUGCUGUGUGUGUUUGUGCGUUUAUUUUAAUUUUAAUAAGGAUCUGUGUGAUUUUGCGGCGCCUCUGAAGGGUUGUGUUGUGCUUAUGCCUUGUGAAUUGACGAAAGUUGAGCUGAUCCAUUAUUGAAUCUCAAUUCAUCCUAAAAUAUCCGCGAUGCAACACAAAAAGGUUGCGGCGGUGAACAACCAUGGCGAGAAGCUAGUGGGAAUAUUACAUGAAGCUGGUACUAAGGAGCUUGUAGUUGUUUGUCAUGGUUUCAGGUCCUCAAAGGAUCGCAUUCCCAUGGUGACCCUUGCUGUUGCUUUUGAGAAAGCAGGAAUUAGCGCUUUCCGUUUUGAUUUUUCUGGCAAUGGUGAAAGUGAGGGUUCAUUCCAAUAUGGUAACUACCGUAGGGAAGCUGAUGAUUUGCACGUUGUAGUUGAACAUUUUCGUCAGAAUGGAUAUUUCAUAGCAGCAAUUAUUGGGCACAGCAAAGGAGGGAAUGCUGUGCUUUUGUAUGCAUCAAAGUAUAGGGAUAUACCGGUGGUUGUUAAUAUUGCUGGCCGCUUUAAUCUUAAAAGAGGGAUUGAAGGCCGUUUGGGGAUAAAUUAUGUGGACAAAAUCAAACAAGAUAGAUACAUCGAUGUUAAAAACAGGAGAGGGAGAGUUGAGUAUCGAGUAACCGAGGAAAGUUUGAGAGACCGCCUUACAACCGAGAUUGGCACGUCAUGUCAAGCUAUUCCACCAAACUGCAGGGUAUUUACCAUUCAUGGUUCUGAGGAUGAAAUGGUGCCCGUUGAAGAUGCUUAUGAAUUUUCCAAGUACAUCCCAACACACACGUUGCACAUAAUUGAAGGAGCGGAUCAUGAAUUUACCUCACACCAACAAGAGUUAGCUUCUCUGGUAGCAGCCUUUGUCAUGUCUACCCUUCCCAACCAACAAACAACCAAGCUGUCUGAAUCAUAUGUCGUAACGAGAAGUGCAGUUCAUUCACGACUCUGAUCCUGUAUGCUCUUGAUUUUGCUGUUGAUUUCAUGCUUUGGCCUUUUCAGCAACACACUAUGGUGUGAAAACUAUUAAUGAACAGUGUUGGGACCAGGUUCUUUCCCAAUUCUUAUGAGCAGCGUGGGGAUCGAGUUAUUUUCCAAUUCUGUUAGUUGCUAGUUGGAGAUGACAUUACAUGGUACUCCGUAAAUAAUCACAUUAGUGAACUGAACUUGGACAUUAUAGCAUUAAUGCAUUAUUAAAUGUAAGGAUAUUUUUACUUGGAUUGUAAUUUGCUGGUCUGGUCUGAACUGGUUUGGUUUGGUCUGUUUUUUUUGUAUUUUUAUAACUACCUAAGUCUGGCUUGUUCUGAUCUGGUCUGGUCUGGGACAUAUUACAGUCCAAGUAAAAACAUCCUAAGUAUUAAAUUGUUUUUUUUGCUUUUAAAACUAUUACUAAAAUAAAACUUAUUUACAC